CGCGGGCGGGAUGACUCUGCCCCGGGCCUGCCGCCGAGGACAACGGCUCGUUCCUGGCUCGCCCUCCCUGCUCGCCCCUCACUUGACGCUCGGACCGGAGAACCGUGGCCCCUGCAUGUGCCGACGCUGUCCCAGUCCCGCGGCCCUCCAAGCGCACCGCUCCCACCCAGCUGCCCUCCGCCUGCCACAUGCAGCGGGACUCGCGGGACGCUGGGCAUGAACACCGAGGGCUCCCUUCCUCGGAGAUCAUGAUGGCCCAAAGGAUUUCUAGAAUACGUCUGCAUUUCAUCUUUCUGGCUGCAUUCUUUGCCUCUGCCUUAGCUGUGGAUCACGGAGGAGAGAGUCAACAUGCAAAUAUUCGCCUUGAUAAGAACUUGGUACAAGAUAAAGAACACAUCAUGGAACAUCUGGAAGGUGUUAUUGAGAAACCAGAAUCUGAGAUGUCUCCACAAGAGUUGCAGCUUCAUUAUUUCAAAAUGCAUGAUUACGAUGGCAAUAAUUUGCUAGAUGGAUUAGAGCUUGCUACAGCUAUAUCACAUGUUCACAAAGAGGAAGGUGGUGAGCAUACCCAGGCAAUGAAAGAAGAAGAGCUGAUCAGUCUGAUAGAUGAUGUCUUAAGAGAUGAUGAUAAGAACAAUGAUGGAUACAUUGACUACGCAGAAUUUGCAAAAUCGCUGGAAUAAGCUUUUGCAAGGGGCUUGGUUCUCCUUCUAACUGUGGAAAUGUGAACAAGUAUAAUGUGUUUCAUGAAUGUCUCAUAUGAACCUCUGUGCUGUAAGAAGGAGGGGUGUACCAAUUCCAGAUGCAUUUAUUUGAAAAUUAUCUGCUAAGAGACUGGGUAACUUGGAGUGAGAGCCAUGUCUGAUGAAACAUAGCCACACACAUUGGAAUCUUGAAGCAUGGAAGCAUCAGCAUUACUCCUAGGGGGUACAGCUGGCAAACCCUGUAGUAGCUGUGCAUGGAUACUAAAUAGAUGGUACACAAAUCACAAUACACAUAUCAAUCACAGUACAUACACUAACUCUCAGUUUUCCUGUCAUUGGGGUAUAUAGUACUUGUUUGCUUACAUCUUCUAUUGAAAGUUAUAAAAUACCUAAAAAGCAAGAAAUGAUUACUGCCUAUAGUUGGAUUUCAAAGCUAAAUGUCCUUACCUUUCCACUAAUUUCAAAGGAAAUUUGCAUAUAAGUACAGCUGCUUGAAACAGUAAUUGUAGAGGAAAAAUAUUUGAAUGUGGUCUAUGUUGGAGGUCCAUAUGAUACCAUAUGGACUUUUAACACAGUCUUUGAAGAAACUGAGUAUUUUUAAAUAAAUGUAUUCCCUCACAUACCCUUACAUUUUACAUAUAUCUAUACACACACACACACACACACAUCUUUUUCAAUUUCUUCUCACACUUCACAGAUUUAUAUCUUAAUUUACAGUUUCUUUUCCCUGCGUUCCAUGGUGUUUUCCUAAGAAAAUGAAAGUAUUUUUAUUACAUUUAUAUGGUAUAUUAAUGCUGCAUAGCAUUUACUAGAGUAGCUUCUGCUAUCUCAUUUUGAAGGUCACAUUAACAGUAAACGAGUAUAAUAUAAAAGUUUCUGUUCAAUUUGGUUUUUACAGUAUUAACUAACAGGAUAAUCUAAGUGAGCAAGUAAUGCUGCCUGAGUUCAUAUUCCUUGACACUUAAAUUAUGGUAUUAAUUUCAAAAGGUAGUUCAUAACUAACAGUUUCAACAUGCAUGUUUGCAAAUUAAUGUGGCUCUAGGACUGUUUUCAGUGUCUUGACUCAAUCCUUGGUAAGUUAAGCAGUUUAAGGAUAAUAGAGCAGUGAUGUAUUUCUAUGUUAUUCAUAUUUGGUGACUAAAACAACUGAAAUUUUAAAUUUCAUUCAAUCACUAUCCAUUAAGAAUCGAAAUGUUAGCAUAUUUCUGUAACAUGUAUAAAGAGCUAUUUUCUGUACAAAAUUAUUCUUAUACAAGAGAAAUGCAUUUGUAAAAGAAAUUAUUUCCUCUGAUUAAAUGUUUGUGCAAUGAGUCCUGA